UCCCUUAAUGUUAAAAGGUAGGUGAUCGCAUUGAUGGUAAAGAGUUGGGGAGAUAGGGAGGGAGUCAUGAACGUGGAGAGAGGUGUUAUUCAAUGUUAAAGAGGAUGGGUAGUCAAUGAAGGUGGAGAGAGAGAGAGACUUUGAAUUUAGUGAGGAAAGGAUGAGAGAGACUAUAAAUUUAGAAAGGAGAGGAUGUAAUUAAGAGUAGAGAGUGAGAGGCUCUAUUGAUUGAAGGGAGGGGGUCUUGAGCGAGGAGAUUGGGAGAAGGCUUCAUUGAAGGUUGAGAAGGCAUUAAUCUUGGAAGGAAGGGUUUCAUUGAUGGUUGAGAACGGAUUAAUUUGAAAGGAGUGGAUUUUAUUGAAGUUAGUUUAUUCUUAUUUUUCAGUUAAACCUCGGCUCUAUAAACGGGAUUGAAAACAAUUCAAUAAUUUAUGUCGUUCAUCGAAAAGAUAGCGCACCAAAAUUUAUAAAAUUAACAAAACAACAAGACCCGAAUAAUUUUGACUCAAUGAUAGAAUUGUUUAAACGUCCUGUUCGUGUUAUGCAAUUUUAUUGGAAAGAUCCAAAGCCUUCGGAUGAAAAGAAAAAUGUGAUGAUUCUGUGUAAAGAGGAAGUUAACCCAAAUUUUGGCGUGAUUUUAAAUACUAAUGAGCAAACGAAAGUAUAUCUUUCACAAUAUGUCAGAAGUAAAGUGUGCCCAAAUGAUGAAUAUUUGUUUGUUAUAAAUGAAGAUGGCAUUCAGGUAUAA